AUGAGCGCAGCGGCUCAUUAUGCGGAGCUCUCGCGCGCCGUCACCGACCUGCGCGAACGGGGCCUGCAGCAGUCGGCGAAGUGGGCUGCCGAAAUGCUAUGCGGCCUUCCGGCGGACGCCGCAACGGGCGCGGCCGAUGCGCUCGCAGCAGACGCAGCGGCCUCAGCACGGGCACCAGACCCCCCGGCACUGCUGCUGGCACGCGCGUGCUUUGCGGACCGGCUGCUGCUGCUGCGGCUGCUGCUGCCACCGCCGCCGCUGCUGCUGCUGCCGCCGCCGCCGCUGCUGCUGCUGCCACCGCCGCCGCUGCUGCUGCUGCCGCCGCCGCCGCUGCUGCUGCUGCUGCUGCUGCUGCUGCUGCUGCUGCUGCUGCUGCUGCUGCUGCUGCUGCUGGAGGAGCGGAUACAAAAGUCCGGGCCGCUGGGCGGUGUGCAGCCGCCAAACAGAGAGCUCGCAGCCGUCGAGGCACUCCUGCGUGGCUGCGACGGCGGGCUUGGCGGCAACGCGACCGGCGGUGAAGGAAGGGGAGGCUGGGGCGUCGCUGACGAGGACGCGUUUUGCCUCUACCUGCGGGGCCUGGUGGCGAUCGACAGGGGCUGCGACGACGAGGCGCGGGCGCUGCUGGUGCGGUCUGUCAGCAGCUACCCCUGCCACUGGGGUGCGUGGCAGGCGCUCCAGGGCCUGUGCGGCGACCUUGAAUCUGUAAGCCUCCUGCCGCUGCCGGCCCACUGGGUGCGCGACGCCUUCCUGGCCUCGACCUGCCUGGAGCUGCAGCACAACGCAGAGGCCCUCAGCCGGCUGCAGGUCAUAAACCAGCUGUUUCCGGGCUCGGACUGGGUGACGUGCUCAGCAGCGACCGCGCACUACAACAUGCGGAACUUUGAUGGCGCCCAGGGGCUGUACGAGGAUCUCCUGGGCAGGGACCCACACAGGGUGGAGGGCAUGGACUGCUACUCCAACAUCCUCUAUGUGAAGGAGCAGUACCGCCCUGAGAGCUGCUGCAUCAUCGGCAACUACUACUCCCUCAAGGGCCAGCACGAGCGCGCGGUGGAGUACUUCAGGCGCGCGCUGCGGCUGUCGCGCGGCUACCAGAGCGCCUGGACCCUGAUGGGCCACGAGUUCGUGGAGAUGAAGAACGCACCUGCAGCCAUAGAUGCGUACCGCCAGGCCAUUGAGGUGUCACCGCGCGAUUACCGCGCGUGGUACGGCCUGGGGCAGACGUACGAGCUGCUGCAGAUGCCUUACUACGCCCUUUACUACUACAGCUCAGCCGCCGUGACCGCUGCCCAUGGCGCCGCGCCCCUCAGGCGCGCCGCCAUGCUGCGGCCGGGCGACCCGCGGAUGUGGUGCGCCCUGGGGCAGUGCUAUGAGAGCCCCGACCUCAAUAUGCCACAGGUGGCUGUGCGGUGCUACCGGCGUGCGGUGGCGAACGGCGACAGGGAGGGCAUCGCCCUGCACAAGCUGGCCAAGCUCCACGACGCGAUGGGCGACCGCCCGACAGCGGCGCACUACUACCGGCUCAACUUGGAGCGCCUGGACGCUGACGGGGCGGCCGCGGGGUCGGACACGGUGGACGCGCUGCUGUUCCUGGCUGAGUACUGCAAGAGCCAGGGGGACCACCAGGAGGCCGAGGCCCUCUGCCAGCGACUCAUGGACGUGGGGGGCCACGCCAACAGCAGGGCCAAGGCGCUCAUGAGGGAAAUGCGCAGCGCAGCAUCAGGGGCCGCCGCACCACACUUUGCCGGGGCCGCCGCGACCCAGGGUGGUGGCGACGCGGGCCCCUGGGGCGGCGGCGGCGCGAGGGCGGCGCUGGGGGUGCGGGGCGGCGCGGUGGCGCGCAUGCCGCUGGGGGCCGGAGGGGCGGGGGCGCCGGGGACGCCUGGGGGCAGCAGCAUAAUGGAGGAAGACAUGGAGGACGAUGAGUCACCAGGGGGCGCCGUCAUGGCCGCCCUGGCGAUGACGGCCGGCGGCGCCGGGCCGCCGCCCGGCGCGGGGGCGGCAGCAGCAGCAGCGGCUGCGACGCCGGCGGCGGCGGGCGGCGGCGGCGGCUGGGCGGGGGGCCUCUUUGCGUUGGACGGGGGCGCGGGCGCCGGCGGCGCGGGUGAGGUCGCUCCCAGUUUCGGCGGCCGCGGCGGCGAAGGGGACGGCGGCGAUGAGGGCGGAGAGGGGUCUUCAGGGGACGACAUGGAGGAAGCUUCCCCUGGCAGCACCCCUGGAGGCGUGGGCUGGGGCGCCACCGGCAGCAACGCAGACGCUGCAGCGGGCGGCGGCAGCGGCGGCAGCGCGAUGCUGGUGGCGGUGCUGGUGCGGGAGACGGGCGCGCCGGCGGCCGCGGCGGCGGAGGCGCUGCGGCGCGCGGGGGGCGACGUGGUCGCGGCCGCGGUGAGGCUGCGGGAGGACGCGCAGCGGUGGUGA